CGAGAUCGUGUUCUGUCCGUGGGAGCAAAAUCCUCAUCAUCAGAAUCAACAAACCUCAACCUGCCCUUGUUCCAUUAACGCACUCACACCUCACUCGAUCCUCACCCAUCACACACACACAACUCCCAAGAUGCUGGAAGCACGUCUAGAACAGGCGGCCAACCUGAAGAAGGUCGUCGAUGCCAUCAAAGAUCUAGUCCAAGAUUGUAACUUCGACUGCAAUGACUCGGGUGUGGCGCUCCAAGCCAUGGACAACUCCCACGUCGCCCUCGUCUCUAUGAUGCUCAAAGCCGAGAUGUUCUCCCCCUACCGAUGCGACCGCAACAUUGCCCUUGGUAUCAACCUCAACUCCUUGACGAAAGUCCUCCGCGCCGCGCAGAAUGAAGACAUCCUCACCCUCAAGGCCGAAGAUGCUCCGGAUGUGGUCAACCUGGUCUUCGAAAGCAGCGAGACGGACCGAUUGAGCGAGUAUGACAUCAAGUUGAUGGAUAUUGAUCAAGAGCACUUGGGAAUUCCGGACACUGAAUACGCGGCUACAAUCGAGAUGCCUGCUGCAGAGUUCUCGCGUAUUUGCCGCGAUUUGCUGGCCAUGUCGGAGUCAGUGUCUAUCGAGGCGAGCAAAGAUGGUGUGCGAUUCUCGUGUCAAGGCGACAUUGGAAAUGGCAGUGUUACGGUCCGACAACACAGCAACGUUGACAAGCCUGAGCAGGCUGUCUCCAUCCACCUUUCCGAGCCGGUUUCUCUGACUUUCUCCCUCAAAUAUUUGGUCAACUUCUGCAAAGCUAGCGGUCUCUCCGCCACCGUCAAGCUCUGCCUCUCCCAGGAAGUGCCCCUGUUGGUAGAAUACGGACUGUCCGGAAGCAGUUACCUACGGUUCUAUCUAGCUCCCAAGAUUGGCGAUGACGAAUAAACGUGAGACUCGGAUGCACGAUGGUGGAAAUGGUGUCAUGAGGUGUUACGAUAUGGGAACCGCGUGGUAAUGGCGUCUGCGCAUGCGCAAGGCUUUGCAAUGAAAAGGCUUGGGCGAUAACGGGUUCAUGUAUGGUGAAUAUGUGUCAUGACAGUCAGAUCUCUGGUGCUGUAGCAUGCAAUUUACUGCUGGCACACCUGCCUUCGGCUUAGGCGGGCACGUCGCUUUGGGUAUGGUUAGGGUUUAAGCACCCUUCCAAUGAGAACCUCAUAUCCCUUUC